AUGAUGGAUGAGAAAAAGUUAGAAGCUGGAACAAAGCUUGAAGAUAAUGACGCACUCUUCAGCAACCAGGAAGAUGUAUUCAAUCUUGACGAGUCUUUGAACCUCCCUACUUAUGAAGUCAACCAAUUUGAUACUGCUAAGCACCCAAAUAAACGCAGCUCCCUUGAUGGUAAUUUCAGGAAGGAUCUGUUGACCAAAAAAAAAUUGGUGGCUGACAACGACAACACUAUUCAAGAGCUACCACAAGAGGAAAAAACAGAACCAUACGAUGACCAUUUUGUGAUUCCUGAAACCGUUGCGAAUGCUAAAGAACAUAAUUACCUCAAUGUCUUUAGUAAACCAUUCAGACGCUUUUCCAGUAAACAUGUUUCUAAAUCAUUCUAUGUCUUUAUUGGGUUUUCGGUAUUGUCCACCAUCCUCAUUUUGCCUUUCCAAGUGUUCAUUAUUUACAACUCAGCUCAUUCUUUUAAAUUCGAAGGAAACUCAAUGUAUCCAGUGUUCCAGAGACAAGCACUCACAGUGGGAUCUGCCAUGCUUAUCUUCGCCAGAGUGUAUCAGAUUUUCAUGUCACUCAACGCACUCAUUACCAAAAACACUAUACAAGCCUUGUAUGUCCUUGUUUUCUUGGUUUCAGUUUUCGCCAGUUCUGUUCUGUAUAUGUGCAAUUUUCCGAAAGAAUUGGGUGUAGCACCUAAAGGUGACACUAUCUUGGUGAAAUUCAGUAGUUAUUGGAUCAUUGCUCUCUCGGGAUUGACAAUUGUUGCUCAGGUUAUACUUUUCGUAUGGAAAUUAGGUAAAGAACUUAGUUGGGAAAGAUUCAAAUCUAUGAAUAGCUCAAUGAGUACCAGAAGUAUGGUACUCGUCGUCCAGAACUAUAAGGCAUUAUUGAUUGUCAAUGGUUUCUUUAUUGUUUAUGACUUGGUGAUGUCUAUCAAUUUCCCAUAUAAGACUAUCCAGAAGUCAUAUGAUGCUCUCAGUAUUAUCGCAAUGAUCCUCAUUGGUUUGACUGUGUUAGUUCUCACUUAUCUUUAUUUUGCUGUUGAUAGAAAAUCUAUUACUGCAUUAAAGUUGGGGAACUUUUACAUGCUCAUUACAUUUAUAAUAACCCUGACAAGUGGAUACAUGCUUCCAACACUUACUCUGUUGUAUUACUACGACCCAACAGUUAAGGAUAAUGGCCUGAAUUCAUAUAUCAGUAGAUCUUCUGAAUAUGUUGAGACGAUGUAUUAUUUCCGGGGAGCGUUUGCGCCUUUUCAUUACUUGUUCUUGAUCUUUAAUUUUAUGGUAUCAGUCUAUUUGAUCUCUUUAUUUUACAAAGAGAAAAAUCCCAAAUCACUUCAAUGGUGGAAGAAGCUGGGUACUCUGAAUUUACCAACCGACAAUAAUAAAGCAGAUGAGAAAGAGGAAUUGGCAUUAAAAGUAGGGCAAUUAUUGCUCGGCAACAUUAUUUUGUCUUGCGUGGCAUCGAUUUUGGGCAUCGGUUUCAUGUCUUAUAUUUAUACUGUUCGGAAAAAGUUCUUGCUUUCUUGGUAUUUGGUUUCCAUCAUUUCUAUUUUUGCAAUUCUUGGGAUUUCGAUAGCGACUUACAUCUGCUUUGUCCGCUCUGGAGACCAUAAAUAUCCAAAAUAUUUGCAAAUCUUGAAAAAUUCCCAAAAAUCUUCCAAGCUGCAAACCAUUUGUUUACAUAGCUUGACCAAGAUAAAAUGCUUGUUUGCCGCGUCAGUCACUAUUGCUUUUAUUCUCCUCAAUGGCGCUGUUUAUUUCAUGUUCAAUAUUGCCAAUUUCUGCCAAUAUUACGGCUUUGCUCAGCUAUCAACUAUCAACUCUGUCCCAGAAAGUGAGACUUAUGCUGUCUAUGUGUUGAAAUAUUUGAUUACAUUUCAUCAAUAUCCUCUCGAUCCAGAAUCAUAUGAAGGACCGCGAGAACAAUUGGAGCUUUAUUUCACUGAUGUCUAUGAACCAAUUUUGGAAGCAUUAUUACCAAUGGGGAAAGGUAAACCUUCAGCUAUUGCGAUUUUGAUGUGCUUUGUGGCAUUUAUUUUAUUGUUCAAACAGAGCUUGGAUUAUUCAAAACUUUUGUAUUUUUCUGAAAGACUUAGUGAAUUAAAUCAGAAAUGCGUUACCAACAUUACACCAGAGGAAAAUAAGGAUGUUGAACCAGUGGCAAGCGGAAUCAGUUCAAAUGCCUCUGUUGAAGAUACAGAAAAAGUUUCCACGGUCACAAAGCUUGUUAUUCAACUUUCGGCGUUGGCAUAUUUCAACUUGUACUUCAUUGCAGUGGUGCUCUUGAUGUAUGCCACAUUUCCUCUUGAUUAUUGGACUACUAACUAUUUUACACCCAUGAAGGACGUCAAUCCCACAUUAAUUGCUAUUGGUGUUAUUCACAUCGCCUAUAUUGUUAUCAUGGCCGUUUUUCUAAUCUCAGUGAGUUACUUGCGCAAUAAGAACCAUGAAUCAGUAGAUAAAAAAAGAACUCUCACAAAAAUCAUGGCUUUGUGGUUUGUUGGUAGUGGCAUUAUUUGGAUUCCAAUGAUCUGCUAUCAAGUUUACAGGGUUUUUAAAAUAUAUACUACAGUAUACAGUACCAAUAUUGACAAUCUUUUAUUGUUUCCCCCAGUUUUUGCAGGUUUGAUUGCUCAAUUGGUCACAUUCUUAGCUGUUAUCGUCGGAGGUGGGAUAUUAUGGUGGAAAAUAAAAAAGGAAGGUACGAAAUACGAAGUGAUGUGA